GUCUUUUAGAGCAAGAGAGAGAGGUGUCAUGCAUGGGCGUUGACAAGGUAGACAGCCUUGUCAUUCUGUAUUUGUUGAGAUGAAAUUGUCAAAAAGGUUUUAGACUUUAGCUCAAUCUGGGUAUUGUUUUGUAAGGUCAAAUUAAUGGACAAGAAAGCGAAACAAAACUGAAGCACAACCUUGUGAAAGUGAUAGUGACCGUUUCAAUCAACAUAGAAAAACAGACGCUAUGAAAUAAUAGAGGGAGUGUGAGAUUAAAAAUAAUUGGUUUCUGUCUCUCUUUUUUCCUAAUUUAAUGAGUUUUGGGGGUUUGAUCAAGAGUAGUAGCAGCAGUGACAGUGGUAGUUCGGGUGCAAGGGUGGUUGUGGCUGAUUUUGUUCCACAAAACAGCAUGCUAAGUUAUGCCAUUGCUGAGCCACCUCUUCUCACCCAACAUAUUCCCAUAUCUAUGCUAAGCUCUCCCUCACUUUCUCUCUCAUAUAAAAGAAUGGAUGGUCAUGGUGAGAUGGGGCUGAUUGGGGAAAACUUUGAUCCGGGUUUUGUUGGGAGGAUGAAGGAAGACGGAUACGAGAUUAGGUCUGAAAGUGAUAAUUUUGAUGUUGCUUCCGGUGAUGAUCAGGAUGCUGCUGCCGAUGGACCGUCUAAGAAGAAGAAGUACCACAGGCACACUCCACGUCAAAUACAAGAGCUUGAAUCUUUCUUCAAGGAGUGUCCUCAUCCUGAUGAAAAACAAAGAAUGGAACUUAGCAGGAGGCUAGGCUUAGAGGGCAAGCAAAUAAAGUUUUGGUUUCAAAACAGGAGAACCCAGAUGAAGACCCAAUUGGAACGCCAUGAAAAUGUAAUUCUUAGGCAAGAGAAUGAUAAACUCCGAGCCGAAAAUGAUUUGUUGAAGCAGGCCAUGACAACCCCAAUAUGCAACAGUUGUGGUGGUCCGGCAGUACCCGGUGAAAUAUCUUACGAGCAGCACCAACUUAGGAUUGAGAAUGCUCGAUUAAAAGAUGAACUAACCCGGAUAUGUGCUUUAACAAACAAGUUCUUGGGCAGGCCUCUCUCAUCCUCUGGUAGUCCUAUUCCUCCUCACAGCUUAAACUCUAAUUUGGAGCUUGCAGUUGGAAGGAAUGGUUUUGGUGGCCUGAACAAUGCAGGAACGUCCUUGCCAAUGGGAUUUGAGUUUGGUGAUGGGUCUAUGAUGCCCAUAGUGAAACCUAUGGUCAAUGAAAUGCAGUAUGACAGGUCAGCCUUUGUAGAUGUUGCUUUGUCAGCUAUGGAUGAAUUAAUUAAGAUGGCGCAGAUGGAUAAUCCUCUUUGGAUUAAAGGUUUGGGUGGUGGGAUGGAAUCCUUGAAUGUUGAGGAGUACAAGAGGAAUUUCUCCUCUUGCAUUGGCAUGAAAUCGAGCAGCUACGCAACUGAGGCUACAAAGGCAACUGGACUGGUUUACCUUCGUGGCUUGGCUCUUGUGGAGGCACUGAUGGAUGCGAAUCGUUGGGUAGAAAUGUUUCCGUGCAUGAUUUCUAGAGCAGCAACCAUUGAUGUGCUAUCCAGUGGCACGGGUGUAACCAGAGACAAUGAGUUGCAAGUGAUGGACGCUGAAUUUCAAGUGCUUUCACCUCUGGUUCCCGUCCGUCAAGUGAGAUUCAUCCGGUUUUGUAAGCAGCAUUCUGAGGGUGUAUGGGCUGUGGUUGAUGUUUCAAUUGAUCCCAGCCAAGAUGCUACAGAUACACAUAUGUUUCCAAACUGCAGGAGGCUUCCCUCUGGCUGUGUUAUCCAAGAUGUGGAUACUAAGUGCUCCAAGAUUACAUGGGUUGAACACUCGGAGUAUGAUGACAAUGCUGUCCACCAUCUCUUACAGCCGUUACUCAGUUCAGGUUUUGGCUUUGGUGCACACAGGUGGCUCGCCACUCUCCAAAGGCAGUGUGACUGCAUGGCAAUACUUAUGUCACAAGACAUCCCUGGAAUAACUCCAGCUGGGAGGAAAAGCAUGAUAAAGCUUGCACAGCGCAUGACAUAUAACUUCUGCGCUGGAGUUUGUGCAUCGAGCAUUCAUAAAUGGGACAAGCUUAGUGUUGGUAAUGUUGGCGAAGAUGUCAGGGUGAUGACCCGGAAGAAUAUAAAUGAUCCUGGUGAGCCACACGGGGUUGUGUUGAGUGCUGCUACUUCUGUUUGGAUGCCAGUAACUCAAGAACGGCUGUUUGAUUUCUUGCGGGAUGAACGGAUGCGAAGCGAGUGGGACAUUUUGUCCAAUGGUGGGCCAAUGCAAGAGAUGGUGCAUGUUGCCAAGGGAAUGGGUCAUGGUAACUGUGUCUCUCUCCUUCGUGGCAGCGCCAUUAAUGCAAAUGAGAACAACAUGCUAAUUUUACAAGAAACAUGGAGUGAUGCCUCUGGUGCAUUAGUAGUUUACGCACCUGUUGACAUAUCAUCAAUGAGUGUGGUGAUGAAUGGUGGGGAUUCAGCAUAUGUGGCACUCUUACCAUCCGGAUUUGCAAUUCUUCCUGGUAUUUCACCAAGUUAUCACGGUGGGCGAAGCGAGUCCAAUGGAGCACUGGUGAAACCUGAAAUUGAUGGAAGCAUAGUCAGUGGAUGCCUACUUACUGUUGGUUUUCAGAUUUUGGUCAAUAACGUUCCUACUGCUAAACUAACAGUGGAGUCGGUGGAAACUGUGAACAAUCUCAUCUCCUGCACUAUUCAAAAAAUCAAAGCUGCCUUAACAGUAACAUAGCAGGAGCAGCUGAGGUACUCCAUAUUUAAUUUUAUAUUUAUGUUUUUUUUUUGGUGAAAGGAAAAAACAGCAGAUAGAUAAUGAGGUGGAGAUGAUAGUUGGCGAAAAGUAGGGUUAUAAGUCAAGAACGAACCACUCGCAGAGGGUUUUUGUUUCCCAUGGAUCUUAAACAGCAAACAUGUUAGGUAUAUAUAAAGCCAGGGGGAUUCUGGUUCGGGCAUUGACUUGGCCGACCUGUGAGGUGGUCUAAGUGGGUAAAAACAUGUUUUUUUUUUUUUUUGUGGGUUAAUUGGUCAAGUUAUAGAGAAGCACAAUUGCAAGACUGGUGUUUUGAUUUUUGUGUUUUAAAUGAUGAUCAAAAUCAAGGUUCAGCUGUUUUUACUUUUGUUUUGUGAACAGUGUUUUUAAUAUAGUUUCUUUUUAAAUCUGGA